AACAGGAUGUACACAAAACGCGUCACACUCGAGCGUCGGUAGCUCCAUUUUCCAGCUGGUGUAAAACUUUCGUGGUUUCGUCUUCAGUCGGUAACGGUGAUUUUUCUCUUUGGGCCCGAAAAGAAACGCUUUUCAAGAUGGGAGGCGGCGAUCUGAACUUGAAGAAGAGCUGGCACCCCCAGACUAUGAAAAACAUCGAGCGUGUCUGGAAAGCUGAGCAGAAACAUGAGGCUGAACGCAAGAAGAUCGAGGAGCUCCAGAAGCAGCUGAAGGAGGAACGAGCCCGAGAGGAAAUGACAAAAUACGCAGAGGAAACCGGCGUCCUAAAAAAAAAGGACGAUCGGCUGGACUGGAUGUACCAUGGUCCUGCCGGGCAAGUGUCCAGGGAUGAGUACCUGCUUGGGCGCCCCAUUGACAAGCAGAUCACUGACCAAUACGAGGAGCCAGAGAGCGGUCCCUCAGCUGAGACUGGCCUCCUGCCAGGGUCCAUCUUCAACCCCGCCACCCCUGCCUCCAGCCUCGACCUCGCCACCAAGAUCAGGGAAGACCCCCUGUUUGAAAUCAGGAAACGUGAGGAAGAAAAAAAGAGAGAAGUUCUAACUAAUCCAGUAAAGAUGAAGAAAAUCAAAGAAAUGCUUCGUCAAAAUCUCGACAAGAAAGACAAGAAAAAGAAGAGGAAGAAGGAGAAGAAGGAGAAGAAAGGCGACAAAGACAGGAGGAAGGAAAAGAAGCAUAAGAGAAGGAGUUCCAGCUCAGAGGAGGAAGAUGAGAAGAAACACAGGUCACACUCACGAGACGAGUCUUCACACACCAAAUCUCAUUCUCGUCAUCAUCAUCCAGGCUACGGCCUACAGCUCCCUGCCGGCAGACACCAGCAGACCUCGGCCCCCUCCGCUCAGUCAGGGCGCCGUGAGAGGAGCCGAUCCCGAUCACCUCACAGAAACUACAAGGACAGCCGCUCCUACUCUUCAUCCUCCUCACAUCGGAGUGACAAGAAGCUGGAACCCAGAGCUCCCAGCCCACAAAAAGACCGUUACCACAGACAGAAGAACCACGUGUCCACGAAGCUCUCUGCAGAGGAGAUGCAGCGAAAGAGGCGUGAGAUGAUGGACCAAGCCAAGCAGAGGGAGGAGGACAGGGAGAACAACGUGAAGCGCUACAAGAGGCAGGACGAGCAAGAGAAACAGAGGGAGCAAAACGUCAAGCAUGACCGCCACACUGGCUUCAUCCACAACAUGAAGCUGGAGAGUGCUGCUAGCUCCUCGCUGGAGGACAGAGUGAAGAGGAAUAUCCACUCCAUUCAGAGGACGCCGGCCUCCCUGGAAAACUUCAUGAAGAGAUGAAGACACAAAACGUUACAGUUUAUGAACUGAAUUAAAACACUUGUAAAGGCUGCCUCACACCAUUUUAUCGCUUUUUAAAAGUGGGCUGAGGCAGACGUGCCGGGAGCCUGUCAGGCUUUUAUUUUGAAAAGCAGACGCCACAGUAUUCAUAUGUACAAUGCAAAAGGUCUGUGAUCAUCUGUUUAGCUACUUUCUUCAAUCAGAUAACUGUUUAUAAGGUUCAUGUAGAUUCGUGCAGUUGAUUGUUUUUCCAUGAUGACAGGACCUCUUUUAUCUCCAAUGUUUUUGUAAAUUUGUUUGGUACUGUGAGUAACAGCUGGUAUUAAAAACUCAGUUUCU